GGAAUUCCUUAUACCCUCAUGGACACACAACUCCGGCAUGAUCCGGUUUGGGUAUAAAAGCGCUUCACCGAGGGUUGCGGUUCGCAAGCCCCGCCAGCCAAGCACCAGUCAACAGCUCUUGAUACACAAGUCGAUCGGUGCAAUGACAAUUAAUUCGCAGCCGAAGAAGCAGCCUCGCAUGCACAACGCCGACCACAUUUAUCGGCUUAUCGACCAUGCACUCGCCACAAGAUAUGUACAACAGAUCCUACCUACUCAAACUGCAAUCCGGGUGAGCGACUCACCACCGCCUGAGGGUCAGACGCGGCAAGCACAGAACAUCAUGCGUCCGAGAAUGGAGCUACGCGACACGCCGGGGUCUCCAAACUUGGUUGCCACAUUCGAGCUUCCGGGAAUGAAACGGGAAGAAAUCGGUAUCGAGGUGCGCCCUGGAUCCCUCGUCGUCUCGGGCGAGCGUAAGCCGCCGGAGACGAACGACGCCACGACGUUCCCCAUCGACGAACUCAAGUACGGUCCAUUCCACCGGGCCUUACCCCUGCCCAGGGGUGUUGACGCAAGUCAGAUCACCGCAUCUAUGAACGAUGGCCUGCUUGUUGUCUCGUGGCCACGUUCCGGACCCGAGGAUGAGCCUCAGCGUGUCCAGGUUGGAUGAUUGGGUUUAUGGGUUGUAUUAGCUUAUGUCAAGAGAUAGGAGUGCUUCAUCUGUUUGCGAUUUGUUCUGUAAUGAUACACCACUCACUGUCAUGCUCACCCUCGUGAUUAAUCUUCCUAGUGAAAUGGAUAUAAUCGGGACCGUCAUUUUUCUGUCAUAGCCUACUAUACCCCUGUCAUUGUAUUGCUAGAGCCUUUGUUACAUCCUUCCCAUGUUUGUAUGACAUCCUUGUAAUCUACUGUUCUUUUGAUCUGCUGUGUCGCAAUGGACUUGGGACUUCCGUCCCCUGAU